GCAGGAGGUGGAGCCCAGCCCUCGGCCGACUGGUAGGAGGGAAAGUUCGGCAGCAGCGGCGGGAGUAGCUUAGCAGCGGGAGCCCCGCCCGGCUGUCUGCAGGGCUGCCUGGGGUCCCUUGAGCACGAAUGGCAAAUUGAAGAGUUGUCAUGUGAGAAACUCUAAACAAUUGUUUCUGUGGCUGGAAUCAUCAAAUCUUCCACUUCAUUGCCUCUGGAGCAUAACCAGUGGUGGCGCUGAGCUGAACGCGGUGCUAGCAGAAGGGGGAGGUACUUUCCGUCUGGACCCUGACUUGGAAGCCAAGUGCGACUCCAGGGCAGUCACCACCAGAAGCAGAUGUGCGAUCGGAGCAGCUGUGUGCCUUUCUUUCUGCGGAGACUCUUUUCCAUUACAAGAAGAGAAGCCAAGAUCGUUUUUAGCCACUGAAGGACUUAUGUAGCACUUAUUCUUACAGGAACUGCAGAGUUUAGUAGAGAUUGGAUGGUCCCAGGCUUCUGACCUAAGUAAAGAUGGAGGACAAGCGAAUGUUCACAUAACCCACGGGUUUCCCCUCGUCUUCGGUGCAUCAGGAAGGCUAUGAUGGGAACAAAUGAAAGAACUUGGAGGUCCCAUUUAACUGGUUGUUUCUGCCUAGAAGAUCUUCCCUUUGAAGCAGGACAGCGGUCCUGUGUAAUGGUUGACUUCCAAAGUCAGGCCGCGUUCUAGAAGGAAAUGGAUAAAAUUGGUCCAGGGGACUUCAGAGGCACUGUGGUCUAAUCAGGAAAGCCCUUGUGCGGGGGCCUUUCCGGCGCCCUGGGAUGCUGCACACGCUGGACGCAUGGCCUGCACCUGAGUGAGGAUGGUCCGUCGUGGGCUGCUGGGGUGGAUUUCUCGGGUAGUGAUUCUGCUGGUGCUGCUCUGCUGUGCCAUCUCUGUCCUCUACAUGUUAGCCUGCACCCCAAAAGGCGACCAGGAGCAGCUGGGACUGCCACGGGCCAAUGGUCCCACAGGCAAAGAUGGCUACCAAGCGGUGCUGCAAGAACGUGAGGAACAGCAUCGCAACUAUGUGAAUAGCCUUAAGCGACAGAUCGCACAGCUCAAGGAUGAACUGCAGGCACGCAGUGAGCAGCUCCGCAAAGGGCAGGACCAGGCCAGUGAUGCCACGGGCCUGCGCUCAGGCUGGGACCCUGCACCCAAAACCCAAGCCGAUCUGCUGGCCUUCCUGCGCGGCCAGGUGGACAAGGCCGAGGUCCAUGCAGGUGUCAAGCUGGCCACCGAGUAUGCUGCUGUGCCUUUCGAUAGCUUCACCCUGCAGAAAGUGUACCAGCUGGAAACUGGCCUGACCCGCCACCCUGAGGAGAAGCCGGUGAGGAAGGACAAGCGCGAUGAGCUGGUGGAAGCUGUCGAAUCAGCCCUAGAGAGUCUGAACAGCCCUGUGGACAGCAGCCCACACCAGCGUCCUUACACGGCUGCGGACUUCAUAGAAGGGAUCUACCGGACAGAAAGGGAUAAAGGCACUUUGUAUGAGCUCACCUUCAAAGGGGACCACAAACACGAAUUCCAACGACUUGUCCUAUUUCGACCCUUUGGCCCCAUCAUGAAAGUGAAAAAGGAGAAACUCAACAUGGCCAACACGCUUAUCAACGUUAUCGUGCCCCUAGCGAGGAGGGUAGACAAGUUCCGGCACUUCAUGCAGAACUUCAGGGAGAUGUGUAUCCAACAGGAUGGGAGAGUUCACCUCACCGUUGUGUACUUUGGGAAAGAAGAAAUGAAUGAAGUCAAAGGAAUACUUGAAAACACUUCCAAAGCUGCCAACUUCAGAAACUUCACCUUCAUCCAGCUGAAUGGAGAAUUUUCCCGCGGAAAGGGACUGGACGUCGGAGCCCGCUUCUGGAAGGGAAGCAAUGUCCUGCUCUUUUUCUGUGACGUGGACAUCUACUUCACCUCCGAGUUCCUCAACACGUGCAGGCUGAACACACAACCAGGGAAGAAGGUAUUUUAUCCGGUUCUUUUCAGCCAGUAUAACCCUGGCAUAAUCUACGGUCAUCAUGAUGCAGUCCCACCCCUGGAACAGCAGCUGGUCAUCCUGCUGAUUGCAGGACUCAAAGAACUCUAUCUUGCAGACAACGUACUAGAGCAUCAAAAAAGAAGGAUCAAAGUCACAGGAUUCUUUAAGAUCAAAAAAGCUUCAGAUUCUCAUUUAGAAGAUGAGGAAAUUGGGGUUCAAGUGGGUUGA